CGCGGUCCCCCCCCCAAAGGGUUUGGGGUCGUGCCCCGGCUGUGCGCGUGAGGGGCCGUGUGCUGGGUGGCUCACCUGGCAGCGUGGGUGAGCGGCGCGGCGGCGGCAGCGGCGGCAGCCAGAGCGGGGAGCAGACAGAGUUCCAAAGGGAGGAACGCUUUUACCAGGAGACACAACGAUUCCAUUGAACUGGAAGUUCAGACGGCUGCACUGCCGGUUUGGACUCCUCAUGCCACUGAAUCAACAGGCAAAGCCACUGCUGGCCGGGAUGACUGAUCCUGACUACCAAGGGAGAAAUUGGACUCCUACUUCACAAUGGAGAACCUGUUUUGUUCAGGCAUCUAAACCUUCUUCACAUGACUCAGAGAAGGGGUCCUCUUUCCGAGUUCCAGGAUUGAUUCUGGUGCACUUGAAGAAUGGAUGAUGAUGAUUUUGGUGGUUUUGAGGCUGCAGAGAUUUUUGAUGGUGGAAAUGGUGAAACCCAAACUACCUCUCCUGCCAUUCCUUGGGCUGCUUUUCCUACAGUAUCUGGAGUACUGGACCAUGACCAUGCUACUUCAGUUGGCUGCCUCUCUUCUGAGCCCAUCAUUUCAUCACCAGAAAAUACACACACAGACAGCAGCAUUGUCAGUCAAACUGUUCCUAAAGCACAGAUUCAGCAAUCAACACACACUCAUCUGGAUAUCUCACUUUUUCCAUUGGGUUUAAAUGAUGAGAAAAGUAAUGGAACAAUUGCUCUUGUGGAUGAUUCUGAGGAUCCUGGAGCCAAUGUAUCAAACAUACAGCUUCAGCAGAAAAUUUCAAGUCUGGAGAUUAAGCUCAAAGUUUCUGAAGAAGAAAAACAGAGAAUUAAAAAGGAUGUGGAAUCAUUGAUGGAAAAGCAUAGUGUCUUAGAAAAAGAUUUCCUUAAAGAAAAAGAGCAAGAGGCCAUUUCUUUUCAAGAUAGAUACAAAGAACUUCAGGAAAAACAUAAACAAGAAUUGGAAGACAUGAGGAAAGCUGGUCAUGAAGCUCUCAGCAUUAUUGUGGAUGAAUAUAAGGCACUACUGCAGUCUUCAGUUAAGCAACAAGUAGAAGCUAUUGAAAAACAGUACAUUUCUGCAAUUGAGAAACAAGCACACAAGUGUGAAGAGUUGUUAAAUACUCAGCAUCAGAGGCUCCUUGAAAUGCUAGAUACAGAGAAGGAACUGUUGAAAGAAAAAAUAAAGGAAGCUUUGGUUCAGCAAUCUCAAGAACAGAAGGAGAUACUGGAAAAAUGUUUGGAAGAAGAAAGGCAAAGAAAUAAAGAGGCAUUAGUAUCUGCUACAAAGGUACUUCUAUCUGAAAUAAUGGGUUUCUAUCUUGAGAAAGAAGCAAUGAAGGAUGCAGUUUUAAAAGCCAUAGAAGAAGAAAGAAAAAAUUUGGAAAAAGCCCAUGCUGAAGAAAGAGAGUUAUGGAAGACUGAGCAUGCAAAAGAUCAAGAAAAAGUAUCUCAGGCAAUUCUAAAAGCUAUACAAGAACAAAGAAAAAUAAGUCAGGAAACUGUUAAGGCAGCAAUAAUAGAAGAGCAAAAGCGAAGUGAAAAGGCUGUGGAAGAGGCAGUGAAGAGAACAAGAGAUGAAUUGAUAGAGUAUGUAAAAGAACAGAAAAGAAUGUCGUGCUGGAUUCUGCAGAUACAAAGAUGGAGACACCAUCGAUGCUUUGGAAUAGCUUGGAGCCUAGUGAAUAAGAUGCUCAUGCAAACGAGAUUAAAGCCCGGAGAAGUCUGGCCUUUCUCAGCAAUCAGGAAUCAAAUUCUUGCCCUUGAAGAUGGGAGAGAGAACAGAAUGCUUCUUGGUGCCAUAUAAGCUGGAUGAAAUUUGAAAACAUCCCCUAGGAUACACUGGGGGACAUGCACAGACAUUUGCAUUGCUUUCCCCAAUAUUCAGGACGAACUUGGAGCUGAUAGCCUGGUACUCCAGAAGAAGAGAGAACCAAGUGUGGAGCUUUGGAAACCCUGAAGGUACUGUCUGAGGCCAGGGCUCAGAUGCAAGGGUCACAUAACUGGCCUGACUUUCUUUGGCCUCAGGACUCGGAGUUGCGACCAGAAUGAAAGUGGUCAGCAUCUUUUUCAGGGACUGUUUACCCAACCCCCUUUGCACUUGCCCUUUUCACUUGGGGUCCCCAAAGUAUGGUUCUGUUCUUACUCUCUUAUAAACUUCAGUAUAACCAGGAACUAAAUGAGUGUUUAUUGAACCAACGUACAGGAAGGAAUGAAAGAACAGUGGUCUCCUUAAUCAUUUCAGGAUAUUUGAUUAUUAACCUAAAUGAAUUUCUAAUUAGUAGGCUUGGAGACAGUGUGAAGAAAAUGUUUGGGAGCAAGAGCCUCUUUCUAAAAGCUGGGGUCACAAACUCAUCUUUUUUCUCCCCCACUGCCUCCUCUUCCUCCCUCCACAUAUCCUUCUUGGUGGGGGGUACAACACAUCCAUCAGUGCUACUGUUUUCCUCUUCCAUCAGAGUCUUGUCUGGUUCCUGAAACCCACACCAUUCUGUCUUCAUCCGUCAGUAAAAGGGUGGGAUAGGAGAACAGGGAAACUGCCUACUGAACAACAGUUCUACUUAGAUAUCCUAGAGGGACUAUAAAUGCCAUCUGAAAAAAUCACUUCCUACACCCGUACCUGCUCCUUAUGCUGAAAGACCUCUGUUAUUAUGAGUUGGCCAAGUGAAGAGUUUGGAGAUACUUGGUUCCCUGGGUGGUAGUGAAGCUACCAUGAAGGCAUGCAUGGGGGUUUGUAUGCAGCGCAAAGUGUGGGAGGAGGAGGUAUUUUGGAAAUCAGAGAUUACGUCUCAGUGACAGUGACAAUGUCUCCAUGCUGCAAGAACCCUAAUGCGUGUGAAUGUUUCAGAGACAAAAGAAGGUUGUGCUAGACAGACAUGAAGCCAGGAAGCACCAUGGUCCCAUCUCCUAUAGAACACAGUCCAACAAGCAAACCAAAAGGAAUGGGAACCAAUUCAUGUCUUUGCUCAUUUUCCCAGGAAAUAGUCAAAGGUGGGGCUGGCGUAGAUGAACUACCUUUUCAUGCCCCAAAAAAGUAGCAAAGUGUUGUCCAAAUCCAUUCUCCCCCUAUUCACCAUGUUUCAUACUCAUCACUCCCUAAUAUCUUCUGAAAUUCCCCCCACGCUCAACUCCCAACUUCCAUUCCCACUCUCUUUCCAGCAUAAAUCUUCCAGCUUCUCCAGACUACCCCCAGCUAUUAACUUACACCAAGCUUCUUGAUAAGGUCCAGGUGAAUGUGUGAGUCUGUGUUUGUGGGGGGCUCCUCCUAGAGUGAGGGAAAGGGGCCAACUCACUCACGUUGUCUCUACAUGCAGUGCUCCUCCUCCAGCUAUCUGCAUGACUUUUGUAAAAAACAAAAAACAAAAACAAAACAAACAAAAACAAACAAACAAAACCCAAAAACCAAACAAACAAAAAACCAAAGAAGAAAAAGAAAGCAAAACUUGAAAAUAAAGAAAAAAGGGAGCAGUAUGUCUUUUAAAUGUGCUAUGGGUACAUUGUUUCAAAGGCCCACAUAAGUGUUAUUUAGGGGAAUGUACUCUCUUUGACUGUUUACUAUUGAUUAAAAGUCCUAGAUGUAGUGAAGUUUCUUGUUAGUUUGUAGAUUCUUUUUCCAGGAGAGACCAAAUAAUUUCUGUCUGUUAGAAAGAGAAUUUCAACGAAUAGAGUUUAUAUAGAAUACAGUAGGACAUUAACCAGCUUUGUCUCUAACCUAACAUUCUUUCUUCGUUGAGCACUCCAUUUUUAAACUUCCUGUAAAUGCCAGAUUUUUGAAUGCCCCUUGAAUCAGUCUUAACAUUUUAUUGAUCCUUUACUAAUUACUGAGUAGAAUGAAUCUUUGACAUAUGUUCAGUUUCUAUUUAUAUGAGAGUUGUUUUUUGGCUUUUUGAAAAUUCUACUGUAACAACUCUCAUGGAGCCCUAGCUUCCCUCAGAUGCCUGCUCAAAUGCCUCCUUCCUGUGGAGGUAUUUCUUGACCAUGCCAUAGGAAAUAAGACCCUUGGCAUUUCCCAGCUCCCUUCCUUUGCUUCCCCACAACAUUAAUGUCCACCUGAUAUUUUAUUUUGAUUUUUUUUUUGUCUCUAGCCACCAGAAUGGAAGCUCUGUGACUUUAGGGACUCUACAGCCCACUCCCUGAUCAAUAGCUGCCAUAUAAUGAGUACUCAGUGAACAUCGAAUGAAUGAAUGAAUGAGUGAAUGAAUGAAUAUAUUACUCUCAGGCAUCCCUGCUCCUCAAAGGCUAAUUAGAUUGUAUACAGCCUUACACUUGGAAUUUUGAUGCAUAUUAAAAGUACUAAAGUUGUAUUUAUUUUUUUCUAUCUCCAGUGAGUGACUUCUUCUGGGCCCUUUAGUGAAACAGUUACCCUUGCAAGUUCAGUUUUCUGAACUUGCAUGUGGCACUUGAACUUUUCACAGUAAAGACCAAUAUAGAGGCCAAUGUAAGUGGCAUUAUCAUUAUUAUUGUUGUCUCACUGCUUCUGCUGUUAGUAGCUAUUGUUGAGGAUGACAACUUUCAGGCAAGAGGAAGGCUUCCAGAGUCUUCAAGACUAAAACUCAACCUGAAAACACCUUCCUCUUUACUGGAAAGCACUUCCUAGGAAAACAGAUUUUUCAGGUAGUUUUACUUCAGGACCACUGGGCCUCUCUCCUCAUAUAGCAUGUUAAUAAAAAAAAGAAACUAACUCAUGAAGUAUUUUACUAAUGUGCCUAACGAAGGGAUGGGAAAAUGCACGAGGAUGUCUCAGAGCCAAACUGAGCUCAAAUAUAGGCAUACAUCUCAGCAACACCUCUGAGGAAAGCAUCUCCUUUAAAUACAUGUUUGUACCACUUCAACAUCAGAAAAACUUUUUCCAAAACAGUUUUUUUUCCCACUGCCCAAUAGCUAGAAAUUUCUUAGGAAUGAGUGUCUUCCCUAAAACAACAAACUGUCUUCUUUUAGCUCUGUGCCCUCAGAGAAAAUAAGACCGCCUCAGAGAUUUGAGUUUCCAAAGCCUCAGCACUUGCAGACAGUAAGCAGAAUAACAGGAGACUUUACCCACGAUCUGGUGGUACAGUGGGAAAUCUGUUUCUGGAAGCUAAAGUCAAUGGGAAAUCCUUGAGCUGGGAGACUCUGAGGUUUAGCGGCUUAGAUAGCAGAGCUGGUAAUAUGCUGACCAAGAGAGCUGAAGAAAGCUCUAUGUCAGGAAGCGCUUCUACUGAGACUACAUUAGGAACACUUUACUGAUGGUUAGCAUUAGAACGUCUCUAUCCAAGUUCAACAGAAAUUACAAGACUCCUCAGAUUACUUCUCAGAGGAGCAGGGAGCAUCUUCCAUGCUAAAAUCAGAAAGUGGAGUGGCCUGGAGCCUCUUCUAGAAAAACGUUAAGAGUUACCAGGGCAUUCAAUUGGGUUCACCUCGGCAGGAAGACCCUAAGAACACUUUUCAACUCUCCCCCGAAUGCUCCCUCUUUAAAUUCCUUAUUGACUAUCUCCACUUUCCCAGAUCAAGUCAAAUAUCUCAGCCAGCAGAAAAUAUCCUCUUACUAUAAAACAAAAAUGUGGAGGACUUCUGCCCCAUGCCACCAAAAGACUGGUGAAUGGGUGGUUACAUUUUUAGUGUCUUCGUGUAUGUAGGCUCAUGCUGCAGAAUGUGCACUUCUCGGGCUGACGAAUUGGAAACUUCUCUUCUGUAGGUGGCAGCAGACCCACCUGAAAAUUAUUGCUCCUGUCAAAAUAAUACUGAUGGUUAAUAGUUACUAAGCAUAGAGAGAGCAUAGUGGUAAAGAGCCUGGGCGGUGGAGUCAAGAUGGAUUCCUGACUCCACUGUUGACUAUUUGUCCGUUUCCUAAGCCAGUUACUUAACCAAUGUAUGUUUCAGUUUGCUCAACUGUAAAAUGGAAAUCUACAAGGAAAAUAACAAUGGCAAACCAUUUCAGUUGUUUCCGAGGUGCCAAACAUUAUUCCAGUGUUUCGCCUUCAUUAACUAAUUUAAUGCCUUCAACAGCCCCGUGAGGUGGGUGCCUUUGUUAGGUGCCUCCUGAGUCUCCUGCACUCUCCUAUCUUGAGCGCCAGAGACUCUGGAUACCUGUGAAGGACGAUGACGUGUUUUUUGGGCAUGAUCUCAUUUCAUCCUCAGAGCACCCUUGUGAGGAAGGCACUCUUCUCUGACCCACGUUACACCUGAGAAAACUGAGGCGCAGAGAAGUUAAGUAACUUACCCAGUGGUGCCGGGAAUGAUAGACUCUAAACACCCUGCUCUUCAAUAUGAUGCAUCAUAAGAUUUCUUCCCCUGGAGCUCCCCCAUUUGUUAAAGGGGAAUGAAACCAACUCAAAUCACAUGUUUGUGAAUGGGAAACAUUUAAAAAGGAUGGCUGAAGAGCUGCCUU